AUGCGAUCGCACACUCCUUGGCUGCUGGAAUUCUACGCACCCUGGUGUGGCCAUUGUCGGAAUCUCAAACCAGAAUGGGAAAAGGUAGCUAAAGCACUGAAGGGGAUAGUGCACGUGGGCGCCGUUGAUGGGGAUGAAGAGAAGGCAUUAGCUGGUCGAUUGGCCAUCCGCGGGUUCCCCACAAUCAAGCUCCUACUUCCGGGCAGCAAUGGGAGGCAGACACUUGAGUACGAGGGUGGCAGGACAGCGCAAGACAUCAUUGAGUGGGUGACUGAUCAGCUGAGGGCUGAGGCCCUGUCACGAGUUGGCUUGAAGGGCAAGAGCAAGGGCAAGAGCCACAGUGGAGGGCAGCAAGGGGCAGGCACAUGUGGGGGCGGGGGGUCCGGCGGCUACCAGAAACCCCCCGAAGUUGUGGAGCUUACAGAUGCAACCUUCCAGGACGAGGUGGUCUACGAUGACGGCCUGUGGUUGGUUGAGUUCUUUGCGCCCUGGUGCGGGCACUGCAAGAACCUGAAGCCGGCCUGGAAGGAGCUGGCAAGGGACCUGAAGAGCUUCAAGGGAAUUAAAAUUGGCGCUGUGGACUGUACUGGCAAUGCAGCAAUCUGCCAGGAGCAUGGUGUGCAAGGGUACCCAACCAUCAAGGUGUUUGGGGCCGACAAAGGAGCGCCAACAGAUUACAACGGCGCCCGCGACUCGAGCAGCAUGGCAGCCUAUGCCAUUGAGCAAUGGUCCAGUCUGCAGCCGCCGCCAGAGGCACAGGAGCUCAUUGACGAGGACACAUUUGAGAUCCAAUGCCUGGGCCACUCUGACGCGCCACCCAAGAAGCUCUGCCUGAUCGCCUUCUUGCCCCACAUCCUCGAUGACAAGGCUGUUGGCCGAAAGGCCCACAUCCAGAUGCUGGCUGAUCUGGCGGCGAAGUACAAGGACCGUCCCUUCUCGUAUCUGUGGGCGGAGGGUGGCGCCCAGCCACAGCUGGAGGCCGCCUUUGAGGUGGGCGGCUACGGAUACCCUGCGCUUAUUGCCCUCAACCCGGCCGACGGCAAGUUCGCGCCCCUGAAGAGCGCCUUUGAGCCGCAGCCGCUCGUGCAGUUCAUCGAGGGCCUGCGCCAGGGGUUUGCGCGGGUUCAGCCGCUGCAGGGUGACCUGCCUAGCGUUGUGUCCGUGAGCCCCUGGGAUGGCGGGGAGGGAGUGCUGCAGGAGGAAGAGGAGGAGUUUAGCUUGGAUGACAUAAUGGGAGAUGAUGAAUUGUAG